AGCACGUGCUCAGCAGAGUUAGUAUAUAGAUCGUUUGCUCGCUUCCGAUUUUCUCUCAAUACAAACAAAUCUCGAGGAGGGGGCGCCAAAGGUUAAACUGCAUCACCGGCUUUUACAGAUUUCUCCCGACGAAGAUCCGUCUCUUCAACGAUCAACGACGACGACAAAAAAAUGCUAAUGAAAACUCAAAGACUCACUGUCUCUCCUGUCUUUCCACGAAAUCCCAUUAAAUCUCACCAACCACUUAUCCGUUGUCUCGGCGGAGACUCGAGAAAACUCGGUGGGAUCACCACAGCAGCUGCUCCGAUUUUCCAGGGAAAGCCGGUGGUGACUCGCCGGGGGAUAGAAAUCAGGCGAAUUACUACGAGGAACUGCGUCGAAAAUGAUGGCGGGAUCGGCGGCGGCGAAAUUGAAAAAGAAGAAGAAGAAGAGAACAAGAGCGUAUGGGAACAGAUGAAAGAGAUCGUGAAGUUCACAGGUCCAGCGAUGGGGAUGUGGGUUUGUGGUCCGUUGAUGAGUCUCAUCGACACGGUGGUUAUCGGCCAAGGUAGCUCCGUCGAACUCGCCGCCCUUGGACCGGGGACAGUACUAUGCGAUCACAUGAGUUACGUCUUCAUGUUCCUCUCCGUGGCUACAUCCAAUAUGGUCGCUACUUCUCUUGCCAAACAGGACAAGAAGGAAGCACAACAUCAAAUCUCUGUCUUGCUCUUCAUUGGAUUGGUUUGUGGACUUAUGAUGCUUUUGUUGACUAGAUUAUUCGGACCUUGGGCUGUUACUGCUUUUACUAGAGGGAAAAACAUUGAGAUUGUUCCUGCAGCCAAUACAUACGUUCAGAUUCGAGGCUUAGCGUGGCCUUUUAUUCUUGUUGGAUUGGUUGCUCAAAGCGCAAGUCUUGGAAUGAAGAACUCAUGGGGACCUCUUAAGGCCUUAGCAGCAGCAACUGUCAUUAACGGUCUUGGAGAUACGAUCCUAUGCUUGUUUCUCGGACAAGGUAUCGCCGGAGCUGCUUGGGCAACAACCAUCUCUCAGGUUGUUUCGGCUUAUAUGAUGAUGGAUUCUCUGAACAAAGAAGGCUACAAUGCUUACUCCUUUGCGGUGCCUACACCUCAAGAACUAUGGAAGAUCUCUGCACUUGCCGCACCUGUUUUUAUCUCAAUUUUCUCCAAGAUUGCUUUCUACUCUUUCAUCAUCUACUGCGCCACCUCCAUGGGAACUCACGUUUUAGCAGCUCAUCAAGUGAUGGCUCAGACGUACAGGAUGUGCAAUGUAUGGGGUGAGCCAUUAUCUCAAACGGCUCAGUCAUUUAUGCCUGAGAUGUUAUACGGUGCGAACCGUAACCUUCCCAAAGCAAGAACGUUGCUCAAGUCCCUAAUGAUUAUUGGAGCGACACUUGGAUUAGUCUUGGGAAUUAUAGGAACAUCUGUUCCAGGCCUGUUUCCUGGUGUCUACACACAUGAUAAAGUCAUCAUAACCGAGAUGCAUAGAUUGCUUAUACCAUUCUUCAUGGCGUUGUCUGCAUUGCCAAUGACUGUAUCCCUGGAGGGUACAUUGCUGGCGGGACGUGAUCUGAAAUUUGUCAGCUCGGUGAUGAGUUCAAGCUUCGUUCUUGGUUGUCUUACACUAAUGUUUGUGACACGAAGUGGCUAUGGUUUAGUCGGCUGUUGGAUGGUUCUCGUCGGUUUUCAAUGGGGACGGUUCGGACUGUAUCUACGGAGGCUUCUUUCACCUGGAGGGAUACUUAACACGGAUGUGCUGACGACUAAGAAGAUCAAAUCAGUUUAAACUCUCUCUCUCUCUCUCUCAAUCAUGAUUUUUGUUGCCGAGAGCCAGCCAGCCAUCUCUAAGGGUUUUGCCAAUACAAUGGCUAUUUUUAUUAUUUUUUACAUAUAAUUAAGUAACAAAAGAAAAAAAAGCAUUUGAGCUCUGAAAAUGGCUAUGUAAAUUUCAGUUGCUAAUAGAAACACCGAGUUAUGAAAAAAUAAUACUAGAUAGUAGAUACACAAGCUUGAAGACAUGUUAAAAACAUUGCCACAUUUUAUCAUUUUUCAGCAAUAACAACGAACAUGAUUAUUUGCUUCUCA